AUGCAUGCAAAAUUAGCUGGAACCAUGCUUACUUCCGGGCUUAGGAAUCUGCCACCAUACCAAUUGCGCCGUCGGCAACGACAAUUGCUCAGUCUUCUCGUCGGUGCCGUCGAGCGCCUUCAUUCUUUUGACCCUUCCUCAUGCUUUUCGGAUCCGUCAGGAUCUACGCAAAACUCUCAGAGCAAUUCACAUUCAAAGCAUUUUGUAAUUGAAGCCAGUAAAACCGAUCUAGAACAAAUAGAUGGAGAAAGCCCAGAUCCGAAUAUAGCAUUCAGGCGAAAUCUGGGAGUUGUAGCUUCGUGGCUGGCAAAUGCAAGUCAAUUGUUGCAUUUAGUUACGAGAGAUGUUGACUUGACAGUCGCAUUUCAGCCUCCUUUAAACGGGUCAGGUGGCUCCGGUGGGUCAGAUAUGACUUCACCCGUCGUUUCUUCAUCAUGCAUUUUCCCUUCUCGAGAUCUCACCUGUUUAGCCAGUGAGGCACGCUCCGCACGAGCUGCCUGGACUUUGCUAACUGACAGGCUAGCUGAAGUCGUACAACUCGCUUUUGACAAUCUCAGCGUGCUGGCCGUGGAAGCGCUUGAACGGAUCAGUCUACCCAUACUUUUGGACAGGAUGCAGACCUGUGUCGACAAACUUGAGGCCUCACAAUUAGGUGAGGUAGACACAACUGCAUGUGGAAGUUCACAUGGUUCUGUAACAAUUGCCAUUUCGAAAGCGUUGGAUUCCUCCACGAAGGAAGGUUCACUCAGCAUUCAGAAUGAGCAUAACCUCACUGGAGAUGACGACCAACCUGCUUGCUUAAUUGGUGCGCCUUUUGGCCCAAACAUUAAGGAUCCUGAAACAAGCAGGACUGAAUUAGACUCUAUGGAUCAAGAUUGUCGCAGUAGAUAUUCUGAAAUUUAUCUCCAUGCUGGCCUUGGUGGCAAAGUAAGAAUGAAUUUAAUUUACUUGUGCUAUACGUAA